CCGCGCUCGGGAAAAAAAAGAUCGCGAAUGUCGACACCCGCCCCGACGUCAGCGACAGCGACAGCGGAAGUGACAGCGACAGCAAUGGAAGCUAGGUAACGACAAGACGGACGUGUGGGCAGUGGGAUUUUAUAGGAGGACAUUUCCCCCGUUCCGAUCGCUACAGAGUCGCAACAACAACAGACACAACCCCCUCGCCGCCUUCGUUUCGCCCGUCCCUGCCACUCGAGGCCUCAAAAGCACCGCCCGUCGCCAUGGCACUUCAAAUCUCUCCCUCGCCCGCGCGGCGCGUGCUAGCCUCGAGAGUAACGGCAACGGCGCCAACUUCUUUCCGCGCGCAGCACACAUUCUCCUCCCUUCCGUGCCGCCGCGCCCUCUUCUCGAGCCUCCACAACACACCACGACUACCACCGCACUCCCCCCCACGGCUCUCACGGCGACCUUCAGCAACACCACACCACGCCCUCCAGCCAAGACCCAGCCAGCGCCACUCAUCAUCAUGGCUCCUAUCCGCCCUCCCGCACCUCCUCCCGGGGUCCAGCACCAACUCCGUCGGCCCGUCCCCAACACCAACACCAACGACCACCCUCCGCGCGCGCCGCACACUCCCGUACCCGCCAGCGCAAAUCUACGCGCUGAUCGCCGACAUCGACGCGUACCGGCUUUUCCUGCCGCACUGCACAUCCUCAAAAGUAACGGCUUGGACGUCGCCUGCCCCCUCCCCUCCCUCACAACCAUCACCACACACACCAUCACCAGCACCCUCAGAAACCAGUCAGCAGCAGAAACGGAAGUGGCCGGCGCGCGCAGACUUGACGGUCGGCUGGGGCCCGUUCACGCAGAGCUACACGAGCUGGGUGUACUGCGAGCCGGGGCGGGCGGUGGAGGCGGUGAGCGGGUCGGGGGCGCGGACGACGAUCCCUGCGGCGACGCUCGCGGAGCACGGGUAUUCUUCUGGCUUUGAGUCUGACGGGGACGACAUGGCGAUGGCGGGCGUGUUCGAGAGCCUGGUCACGCGGUGGACAGUGCGGCCUGUGACAGCUCCGGGAUCGGGAUCGGCCGCGCUUCCUCAAAACAACGGCGCAGACGGGAGUGAUGAUGGCUGUUGGACCGAGGUGUCGCUUAGCGUGCGGUUCCAGUUUGCGAACCCGGCGCUGGGGUACGCCAUGGGCCAGCUAGCCGACAACAAGGUCGACGAGAUGGUGCAGGCGUUUGAGGACCGGGCGAGGGCGCUCUACGGGCCCGGGAGCAGUCAAUAAGUGCCUUCUUCCCUUGGGUGACCCUUCCAUCCUCUCCCUCCCAUCCAUGAACACGCGCAUUCAUCCAAACCACAUCCAAAGACCACCUUACUUUCAGCACGAGCGCAUGUCUGUCUAUAAAACAUCACGUGUAUAAACAGUUUUCUUUCUUUUUUUAAGAGUAUUUCUAGCAUUUUUAGACAGCAGCGGCGCACUCAGAAAGACGGGGGGGGAAAAGACGGAAAUAGGAAUUAAAGUAAGAGGAUAGACAAAAAAAAAGCAAUAAGACCAUCUACCCUUCCCUCCCUCCCUUUCCUUUCCAAGAUAGACCAAACCAAAACAAAAAAAAAAAGUAGAUAGAACCCCGCCACGCAUGGACAACAUUGCAUUCGUCUUUGCGCCAGACCAAAACAAAGGUUGUCGUAGACAUUUCAGAGCAAGCCCACCCGCUGCCCAGAAAAAUAGAAUAAAGAAGCCCCCUCUCCCCCAACC